CCACCACCACCGAGAUCGCCCAGGUCGCUACCAUCUCCGCAACGGCAAUGCCCACGUCGGGAACCUCAUUGCUCAGGCCAUGGAGAAGGUCAGCAAGGAGGGUGUCAUCACCGUCAAGGAGGGCCGCACAAUUGACGACAAGAUCGAGAUCACCGAUAGCAUGCACUUCGACCGCGGCUUCAUCACUCCCUACGUCGUCACCGACGUCAAGACCCAGGAGCGUGAGUUUGAGAAGCCCCUCGUCCUCCUCAGUGAAUCAAAGACCAGCCGUCUCCAAGACAGCCUCCUGUGGACGCGGUGUUCGCGAGGGUCACGGUUGGAAGAUACGCACCAUGUAUAUACCUACUGUAGAUACUAUAUAUAAUCGUCAAUGUCAUUAUCUUAACAUGA